AUGCGGACGUUAUUUCGGGCUGGUGAUUCGCAAUUACUACGGAAUACUAGUAAUUGGCUCACAGGUGCAGCUGGUGACUGGUAUUUGCAGCCUUCCCAAGGUCAUCAUUUGCCGGAUACUCUACAAAAAUCUGAUGCAUCACUUCGAGAACAUCAGGAUACAUGUACAUUUAUUACACAGAAAUCACCGAUGCCUGAUCCGAAAGAAGGACAAUCUAAUUCUGCUGAUAACUGUUCUAAAGACACUUCAUCUACUACAGGUGUUAACCGUCCAGAAUUAGCAACAUCAUUAUUUGCCAAGAGAAAGUUUGAUAAUUACAUUGAAAAGACUAGACGACGAUUGCUCAGACAAGAUCCAAUUACACGUCGAAUUGAAGAUGAGAAAAUAAAGAUUCGAAAAGAUGCUGAUGUUGGAGAAGGAGAUUCUGGUUCGUCUUUAUCGCUUUUUGCUAAUAAUCAAAGUACAGUUGAGAGGCCAGACCCUUUGACUGCCAUCGUAGUUCGUUCUUUAGAUGAGAAAACCGAUCUUGUGCGUAUUUCAUCAGCCGAACCUCAAUUUUAUUCACAAACGGUCGAGAAGCCAUUCGAGUCGUUCAGUGAUUCUACAGAUAUACCUGGUGAUUGGCUAACUAAACUUGAUUUAGCUUCUUCUGGGCUUUUUUCGGACCAAGAAAACCAGUUGCGGCAACUUCUCUUCCAAUAUUCCGACAUUUUUUCGUCAAAGCCAGGCCGUACUAAUGUAGUCAAGCAUCACACUGAUGUUGGUGAUGCUAGACCGAUAAAACAAGGUCCGUACCGCCUCUUAAACCCGGAGAGGAAGGUAGAAUGA